UUCAUUCCAUUAUUAUUUAAAGUUGGAAGCAGACCGUACCGGACUAAACCGAACCAGAGAAGCACAUACACCAUUCCUUAGCUCGUAGACAGCGUCCAAGCGACUGUACCCGACCGAACCAACCUUGUAGAACCAUAGAGAGACAGGAGAAGGAGGAUGACUACUAUGGAGAGCUUGAUUGGGUUGGUUAACAGGAUACAGAGAGCAUGUACUGUUCUCGGUGACUACGGUGGUGGAACUGGAGAUAACGCUUUCAAUUCUCUCUGGGAAGCUCUUCCAACCGUCGCCGUCGUCGGUGGUCAGAGUUCUGGAAAAUCUUCGGUUCUUGAGAGCAUAGUUGGGAGAGACUUUCUUCCCAGAGGAUCAGGUAUCGUUACGAGGCGUCCAUUGGUGUUGCAGCUGCAUAAGACAGAGGAAGGAACAGAGGAGUAUGCAGAGUUCCUCCAUCUUCCCAAGAGGAAGUUUAUAGAUUUCGCUUUGGUUCGGAAGGAGAUUCAAGAUGAGACUGACAGAAUCACAGGGAAGAGUAAACAGAUAUCUCCAGUUCCUAUUCACCUCAGUAUAUUCUCUCCUAACGUUGUAAAUCUGACCCUCAUUGAUUUACCCGGUUUAACUAAAGUUGCUGUUGAGGGACAGCCAGAAACCAUUGUUGAGGAUAUCGAGUCUAUGGUUCGCACAUACGUUGAUAAGCCUAAUUGUAUCAUACUAGCUAUAUCUCCUGCCAACCAAGACAUAGCUACGUCGGAUGCAAUCAAGCUCGCUAAAGAAGUAGAUCCAACAGGGGAGAGAACAUUUGGUGUUCUUACAAAGUUAGACUUGAUGGACAAAGGAACUAAUGCAUUAGAAGUUCUUGAGGGAAGAUCAUACAAGCUGCAACAUCCUUGGGUUGGGAUAGUGAACCGUUCGCAAGCAGAUAUUAACAGGAAUGCUGACAUGAUGCUUGCAAGACGAAAAGAAAGAGAAUACUUUGACACGAGUCCUGACUAUGGUCACUUAGCCAGCAAGAUGGGAUCAGAAUAUCUCGCAAAGCUGCUCUCCAAGCACUUGGAGUCUGUUAUCAGGUCUCGUAUCCCAAGCAUCCUAUCCUUAAUAAACAAAAGCAUCGAGGAGCUUGAGAGAGAGUUAGACCGAUUGGGUAAGCCUGUUGCAGUUGAUGCUGGGGCUCAGCUCUACACUAUACUGGAGAUGUGCCGUGCAUUCGAUAAGAUCUUCAAGGAACAUCUGGAUGGAGGGCGUCCUGGAGGUGACCGUAUCUAUGGAGUCUUCGACAACCAGCUCCCAGCUGCACUUAAAAAGCUUCCUUUUGAUCGACAUCUUUCUCUACAGAGUGUGAAGAGAAUAGUCUCUGAAGCAGAUGGUUAUCAGCCUCACUUGAUUGCACCUGAACAAGGUUAUCGCCGUCUUAUUGAAGGGGCGUUAGGUUACUUUAGAGGUCCAGCUGAAGCUUCUGUGGACGCUGUUCACUUUGUCUUGAAAGAGCUUGUAAGGAAGUCAAUUGCAGAAACUCAGGAGCUAAAGCGUUUCCCUUCACUUCAAGUGGAGCUAGCUUUAGCAGCCAACACCUCCUUGGAGAAGUUUCGUGAAGAAAGCAAGAAGUCGGUUAUUCGUCUUGUUGAGAUGGAGUCUGCUUAUCUAACAGCUGAGUUCUUCAGGAAACUUCCUCAAGAAAUGGAAAGACCAGCAGUAGCCAACAGCAAAAACCAAGCCGCUUCUCCUUCCCCCGCAGCACAAGACCUAUACGGAGAUGGACAUUUCAGAAGGAUAGCAUCAAACGUAUCUGCGUACGUCAGCAUGGUUUCGGAUACACUUCGCAACACCAUCCCGAAAGCUUGUGUUUAUUGUCAGGUUAGACAAGCUAAGCUCGCGCUGCUCAAUUACUUCUACAGUCAGAUCAGCAAGAGAGAGGGGAAACAGUUGGGACUGUUGCUAGAUGAAGAUCCGGCAUUGAUGGGGAGGAGACUAGAGUGUGCGCAGAGGCUGGAGUUGUAUAAGAAAGCCAGAGAUGAGAUUGAUGCAGUUGCUUGGGUGCGGUGAAGAGAGCUGAAGUGUGUUGAGUGUGUGUCUGAUGAUGGUUUUUCUGAUUAGAGAACUAUUAACUUGGUGUGUUUGUUUAUAAAGUUCGUUGGACUUGUAAUAUGUUCGUUGACUAUGUCCUUUUGUAUGUAAGUUAUUAUCAUCAGAUUCAGACCUUUGUAAUAUAAACUUCUCGUUUCUAUUUGAAAACGCGUUGGCGUUUCACUUC